UGAUAGCUUGUAUGGACACGCCAACAAUUCUCUCACGUGAUACAACAAUGGUUGAAGAUGAAAACAAAUAUAUAGCCCUUGACCUUGAAGGCGAGGACUAUGGUUUACUAUCUACGACAAGUUUUUUCUCUCAGGCAUCCGAGCAUGAGCAGAAUGUUGAUGAGCCUAUUGGCGUUGAUAAUGGUGAAGGUAAUUUUGUUGUUGAUCCAUAUAUUGGAAUGAAGUUUUCUACUCAUGAGGAAGCUUAUAAUUUCUACAAUGCAUACGCUAGACUUAAGGGAUUUGGUGUUCGCAAGGGUCACACAACUUGGUCGAGAAAGAAAGAUACAAUCAUAUCUAGAAUAUAUGUAUGUGACAAGGAAGGAUUUAAAUUUUUAAAAGAUAAAAGAGAAGAUGGUCGGAAUGUUGUUCGAAAGUUCGAUACAAGAUGUGGAUGCAACGCAAGAAUGGUUAUUGGACUCGAUAGAAGCACUGAAAAAUGGGUGGUCCGAAAUUUAAACAUUAAUCAUAAUGGUCAUCCAUUAACCACCCCAAAUCAGGUAAAGAAGCACUACUCACAUCAGACACUUCAUCGAGCUCAAUCGACAAGAAGGUUGAUAGAUACUCAUGACAAUCAAGGUUUACGGCCUUCGACCAUUUGUAAGGUUGUAGACGUUGCUCAUGGAAAUGAGCAAGGCUCUCUCACUCAACAAGAAUGCCAAGCACAACUUAGAAUUAAACGAAAAAAUAAUGUCGAUCAUGAGUGCGUGAGCAUAGUUCGUCAAUUUCAAGAGAAAAAGGUAUAUGAUCCUCAAUUUUACUUUGCACUUGAUUUAGAAAAUGAUGGGACGAUGAGAAGUGUUUUUUGGAUGGAUGGUAGGUCGAGGAAUUCUUACUUGCAAUUUGGAGAUGUUGUUUGCUUUGAUGUUACAUAUAGAACGAACAAUUUAAAAUUGCCGUUUGCACCAUUUACGGGCGUUAACCAUCAUCGACAGUCUACUCUAUUUGGGUGUGCGUUACUGGCCGAUGAAACGGAGGAGACGUUUAUAUGGUUAUUUAGCCAAUGGUUAAAAUGUAUGUCGGGUAUAGCACCAGUAACAAUCAUCACUGAUCAAGAUAAAGCUAUGUGUGGUGCUAUUCACAAAGUUUUUCCUAAAACUCGCCAUCGCUUUUGUUCUUGGCACCUUCGUAGGAAUGCCUUACAAAAUCUUCAAUCAAUGCAUAAUGAUUAUGGUGAGGAUGUUGGUGUAAAGUAUAACAAAUGGUAUUGGAGUAAAUCGGAAGAAAAUUUUGAAAAGCGUUGGGAAGAAAUGAGGGACAAAUAUGGUGCAGAUAAAAGGAGUUGCGGAGUGAGGGAAUUAAUUCCUUUUUUUGAUCAUUUUGUGAAUGCAAAUACCGAGUUACAUGAUUUUGUUAAGCAAUAUGAUAAAGCUGUCGAAGCUCGCCGAGCCGCUGAACUUGAGCAAGAUUUUAAGUCCACAAACUCUGUUCCCACAUUGAUAAUUGAACAUCCCAUUGAAAAACAAGCUAGGAAGAAUUACACAAAGAAUAUGUUUACUAUCUUUCAGAAAGAACUCAAGGAUAGUUACUCCAUGCUUCAUGAAAGGUUGUCGAAGGACGGCGCAAGUGCUACUUAUGCCGUUUGGAAUAUAGAUCGCGAGGCUGAGAGCAAGAAGAGGGUAAAACAUCAUGUUGUUUUUGAUGCAUCCAAAGAUAAAAGAAUUAAGUGCUCUUGUGCAAAAUUUGAGAUGGAAGACUCAUUUUUUAAAGAAGUUGGUGCUUACAAGAAAGAAAAUGAACAUAACGACAAUGGAAAUGAGAGCAAUGCCAGCAAUAAGAUGCCUACUUCAUCCAUACCCAUCUCUGUAGAGGAAGCAACUCAAAUCACUAUUCGUGAUCCAGAUAAGCCUAUUGCCACGAAGGGACGACCAACACAAGCUACUAGAAUUAAGUCCAGAAUGGAGAUAGCACAAGAAAAUAUUACUACUGUGGAUUCUGGAAGCAAAGCUUUAGAAUUUCUUGGGUUGCAGCAAGAUGAGCAAGUAGAUUCAUCAUCUUCUUAUUCUUCUUAUACUCAUCUUGAACAAAAUAAUCAAGAAUUUGAGUUGGAGUUGGAUAAAAAAAGAAAUUCCUUCGAGGAAGAUCUUAAAGAGAAACUGGAUGAUCUGGAGAAGAAGAAAAUUGAGAUUAGCUAUAGAGAGGAGCAAAAUUUGAUGGGAGAGCAAUUAUUGGAUGGCAAAAUGCAGAAGCUGCAGGAUAAGGAAAAGGAGAGAUGCAAAUUUUAG